UCAGUGCUGUCACUCUGUGACAGUGUCUCCAGCCAUGAGCAGCACCGAUAUUAGGACUGCGCCAUUAUGCCAAAGGAUAGCGUAUAACCGAAGAAUCGACGCAGAGCACCGCAGAGAAUAUUCAAGUUUGCGUGAAUUAUUACAGCACCAGGACACCAGUGGCUUGCUUCGUUUAAGUACGUCCAUGAUCGGGGGGGCGAGCAAGCUCGGCAAAGAUGGAAAAACCUCUUGGAGGCAGGAGGUGUCGACUUCCCAGCAUCACCUGAAGAACUGGAAGGUGAUGCUGUGGGUGAUGGCGUCAUUGCUAACACUAGUAAAAGAUGUGUUUUCUGAGGAGGACAAUAAAGAGGCUCAUCCAGACCUCCAGCGUGUCCAAAGGCAGCCCUCCUUGUCUCCUGCUGAAGAUCUGGAACAGGACAGCAGUGUUCACACACCCUGGCCUCAAGCCCUUGAAGAGUGGUCACUGAUGCAGGAUGAGGAAAUCCAGCAGAGCAGAUGGCGGCGCUCCCCUCCUGUCUCCACCUUGCCCAGAAUCUCAAGGAGGAACCGCAAGAAGACCAAGAGCAUCCACGAUUGCCACUUGGAAAGGAAAGAGAUACAGGUGCGAGAUCUUGAUCUCGGUUACAACUCAGAUGAAAUAGUCCUCUUUAAGUACUGUGUUGGGACCUGCCACAGCUCCCGCAAGAACUACGACCUGGCACUCAAGGUUCUGAUGGACAAGGGGAGCGUCUCUGGCAAGAUGGUCAGCAGUCACCCCUGCUGUCGGCCUACCCGCUAUGAGACUGUGUCCUUCAUGGACACCCAGACUACCUGGCAGACAAUUAGGUGGCUCUCGGCGGCCAACUGCAGCUGUGUGGGCUGAUUGCAAAGUCUGUCUAUCUGCAUGAUGCAAACACAGAAACACUGAGUGAAAACUUGUGGGAAAGAACUGGAUGCAGCAAAGGCCUGUUCUCAGUAGUUUGGUAGUGUGAUCUGAAGCAUGGGCCUUAGACAGGAUCCACAGUACAGUGGCUAUGGCCUUCCAUCCGCUAAUAGCUUGACUGUUAAUGGAGGAUACCUUCAGAUAGAAGCAUAUGGCACAAGCAGGCUAUCUGGAUGUUUGCCAGCAGCCUGGGGCAGUGAAAGGUUUGUUUUAAUGCCUCCAGCAAUGUGCACAGAGGAGGUCAUUAUCUGUACAGGCCAUAAUGGAUAAUAUUUUGUGUCCGUCAUUCACGCUACUGAAGGCUUAUGGGUGAUGACCCUCUGGCAACGAUGUUGGAGGUCCUUAGGUCUUUGGCAUAAGAAGCUCUGAUUAGCUAAUCAUGUCAAAAAGGCUCUUUUGCCAGUUAAGGUUGCUGACCCCUGCUUUAAAGGAUGCCAAAGAUAGCACAGUCUUAAAAAAAUAAAUUUGAAAAAAAAAGCCCAGAUGCUAUCUACUCACCUCAGCAACUUUACCAUUCAAGGGCAACAAAAUACUAGCUUCAUGGGACAAAUUACUAUUCUCAAUUCAGUUUUAUAAAUUAUAAUUUUGAGGCUAGGAUAAUAAUUUGGACUCACAAAUUUCAAAAACAUUACCCCUUAGAAUUCUAUGAGGGUAUACGUAUUAACAACAUUGAUUUUUUUAAUUUAAAGGGUUAGUUUGGGAUUUUUGAAAUGGGGCUGUAUGAGGUAGUGAUAUAUAGUCAGUGUAUUACCUUCAGAAGAUGACAGUUGGCAUGCCCCCAGUUUGGAAUAGCAGGCAGGAGUCCCAACAGGGAAGCUCAGCAUUACAUUGCUGUGGAUGGGGGUUGAUAUCAAAACAUAUUUAAGCCACCUUAAAGAGGCCCACCUAAAGAAAUCAGUAUUGAUUGAUUUAUUUUAUUUAUUUAAGUGUCGUGCACCAAGUGGUGCCCAGCCCAUAUGGGCUUACAAGACACUAAACAGAACAACAGCCUGGAUGGCCAUAUGACAGAUCAAUAACAAAAAGUCCACAAAAGGAUAAGCAAACAUUUCAGAAUAGCCAAAUUCCAUAACAGAAACAUCUUAAUAUGUUGGGUACAACGUUCUCUGUCUUAAGUGCCAAGCAUUUUCUAUAAAUCUUGCCACAGGAAAGGUCUCCUCAUCAAAAAGCCAACGCAACAUCUCACCUUUGGACAACCAAAAUAAGUCAGGAUUUUUCCACUGAAUUUUUUCAAACAGGUGGUUCCUUAAAUCACAGUAUAAAGGGCAAUGAAACAGAAGUGAUAUUCAUCUUCAACAACAUCAAGAUCACAAAGAACACAUAUACGUUGCUCCUCCUGGAUACCUUUAUAUCUGCCCACUUCAAGAGCCAGAGGAAGGGUACCAGUUCUUAACUGGGCACAAAGGGACCUCUGUCCCCUCUUCAAAUUUAAAGUUACAUAAUGUUCUGUGUGGAACCCCACUUUGAUUUGAACAUAGUUUCUGAGUUUUGGUUUGGACCAGAUCUCAUCUUUCCAUUGUUCAUUGUGAAUCUUAACUAGUUUUACUUUCACUAUGUUUAUAUUACACUGCAAAUUGUUCCUAAAUAUAUAAUUUAAAUCAGAAAACAUCCUGUCCUCUGGCAAUUGAACAAGGCGGUUUCACAACCGAAUUAUUUCACAUCUCUGUUUCACAAGACACUGCACCCAUCCCAUGUCCCCUUCAAUAGCCCCUUUAGCAGUAUAUCUGUGAACCCAGAGAAAGCACCUCAUGGCUCAAGACUGAAUAGCAUUACUUUCAGGGCUAUCUUUAAAACCCCACAUGUCUGCUGCAUAAAAUAAAAUUGAGCCAACCAUUGAGUCAUAAAGUUUUGAAAAUGUCAAAAAACCAAGGUCGGGGCACACUUUCAUUUUACUCAGUACAGACCCUAAAGCCUAUUUAUAUGAAGUAACAUACUUUAAGGGCCUUAAUCCAAACUGAAAUAUGUGAUCUUCUAAAAUGUAUAAUCUGAGUUUUAUCACUGUUGAUUACAAGUUGCCAUUUACCACACCAUAAACUCAUAAUAUUCAGCAUUUUUUGUAAAUUAAUUUCAUUUUCAGCAACUAAAAUAAUAUCAUCAGCAUAUAACAAAAUAUUUAAAUUCAAAUCAUCAAUUGGUAUGCCCAGAUUGGCCUGCUUGAUUUCUACAGCUAAAUCAUUUACAUAGAGGGCAAAUAAAGUAGGGGAGAGCACAUCUCCCUGCUUCACUCCAAAUGGUGUCGGAAACCAGCCAGUCCUGAGAUUAUUUAACUGUAAACAAGCAACUGGGGCUUUAUACAGAGCUUGGAUAGCAUUGUAAAAUUUACCAUCAGUGCCAGAACACAAUAAUUUAUACUCCAGGAGAUCUCUAUUGACCCAAUCAAAUGCUUUCUGAAAAUCAACAAAACAAGCAAAUGUGUUUUUACCUUCUGUGAGUCUGGCUCUCACUACAGAGGUGAUGGUAUAAAUAUGAUCGAUACAAGCCCUAUUUUUCCUAAAUCCAUUCUGUUCAUCCGCCAACACUCCAAAGGACUCCACAUAAUUAUUAAGUCUAUUAUUAAGGACACCUGAAUAUAAUUUGUAUACUGUGCUGAUCAGACUUAUACCUCUGUAGUUUAACAGAACUCUGGGAUCUGAGGUUACAGAUUUAGGAAUGGGUUUGAUUAUGGAUUUAUUCCACAUUGAUGGAGAAAUACCAUACUGAAAACAGUUUUGAAAUAAACAAUGUAAAAUAUUCAGCAUAUUUGAGUUUUUGAGGACCUCAUUUAGAAGUUCCUCUAUACCCACAGCUUUAUUUAAUUUAGCUUUAUCUACUACCUUCUGCACCUCCUCUAAAGAUAUAUCACUAUUCAGCUAUGGUUUGGACAGUAUGCAGUGUUACUUAUCCCACACUCAAGCUCAUCUUUCAAGUUAUUGCUUUCAGUUAAAAAUUGAGUGUCAAAUAAAGAAGGAUUUCUACAAGCAAACAAAUUAGUAUAGCCCUGUUCUCACUUCCUUAAACAGUCAGUGUUGGGAACGUUACUUUAAAAAAGUAAUUAGUUAUAGCUGCUUGUUACUUUCCCCAAAAAAUAACUGAGUUAGUAACUGAGUUGCACUAUAAAAGUAACUAAUUACCAGGAAAAGUAACUAUAGUGUUACUUUUUUAUAAAAUCCUCAAAUAUGUCAAAUUGCUAGGACAACCCCCCUUAAUUGAACUGUAUGUAAUGAAACUCAACAUUGAAUGUUAAAUGAAUGAAACUGACUCUUAAUAGAAUAAAUCAUUAUUAUAAAACAUUGUACACUACACUGCAUUGGUGUGUGUGUGUGUGUGUGUGUGUAAGAACCUCCAUUAAACGCGCAAUUUAAAUGUGAGAAGUCUCACUGACUGACCAUCACCUGUGUGUAUGCGGAGAAGAAGAGGGGCGGACAUACUAUUAUGCGUUUAAAUAUUAGACAGAUAUAUAUGGAGAAAGGCGAUGUUUAGAGAGCAAGCCCAAAUAAGCAACUCCACUUUAGAAACAACCUCAAAAAGCAGCAACCCGCGACUACCAAUAUUUCUAAGCGACUUUACAAAAAAACAAGCCCACACAGCAACCCUGCUUGUGUGCUUGUGAAUACCCGCCCUACUCUGCCUCUGAUUGGUUUAUGAUGAAAUUUUACUCUACCUAAGCCAAUCAUCAUCACUUCUGUGGUUGUCUCUCCCUCCCUUCCCCCUCACCUGCCCUCACCACAGAAAACAAACUUCAGAGCUCCGCUGAGAAGGAGCUUGCUUGGGUGAAAGCCGCUUCAGUAAACUCAAGUAAAGCCGAAUAACGGCGCAUUUUAUUGUGAGCAACGGUAAUGGCAUUAUAACGGUGGAGACAGUAACUUUUUUGAUUACUUGUUAGUGAAAAAAGUAGCGCCGUUAGUCAUGCCGUUUAUUUAUAACGUUGUU